AUAAAAGGCCGAUCAUGAAGAAUCUGAAACUAUCAAAGAGACAAAUUCAGAGUAAAGAUGAAGACCGGAGCAUUUGGAGUUUGUUGUUUCUUUCUGUUGUUUGGUAGUCAGUGCAAGCUAGUGUUCGCAGCCGAAUGCAACGAACCUGACUGCAGCAAGGCAAAAUUCAACUACGAUCGUGGAAAUUGUCUUGGUCCAGUGGAAUGGUCGGAUAUAACUUCGUGCUGGUCUACAUGUAAUGGUAAUAGGCAGUCCCCAAUCAACAUCAGGCGAACUGACGCCACCUAUUCCGAUAUUGGUUCACUUACGUUCAACAUUGAUCUUCAGAAAGCUUUUCAGGUCUCAAGCAAAAACAAUGGAUUCAAAACAAGUUUUAAGGUGUCCGAAGAAGAUAUCGUUCUCUCUGAUUUAACCCAGUUUGGUCUAAGUGGCAACUCCUUUAAAUUAGAUGGAUUUCAUUACCAUGUCGGAAAAAACAACAAUUUAACUGGAUCAGAGCAUUCAUUCGACGGAGAAUUUCAAUCUAUGGAGCAACACAUGGUCUUCUACAACGAAAAAUACUCGGAUGUCAAAACCGCUAGUAGUAAUUCAGACGGUCUGCUGGUCAUAGGGGCUGUGGUUCGGAUUGAUGAUACAUCGCAUGCUAGUAGCAAUACAAUCGAGACGCAGUUUCCUGGUUGUCCACCAUCUUACCAUGCAGCACUAAGCGAAGUGUUAACAGAUUCUUUUGACCAAUUGGAGGACUACUUUGAUUCUGGGGAUUCAGAAGAGUCAGAGGAGUCCCUUAUUUCUAAGACUUUGACCUUACUUGAUUUAUUACCACCUGACCUAGAAAAAUUCUACACAUAUGAGGGAUCGUUAACCACGCCCCCUUGUUCUGAAACAGUCACGUGGAUUGUGAUGAAGUGUCCUAUCACCGUCUCACAAGCGGCCGUUGACAAGUUCAAGAGUCUUGAGGUUUCGAGCAGUGAAGAAGUACUCGGAGUCCAUGAAAAUAGACGACCAGUGCAAAGAGGGCAACAGGACACUACAUUUACAUUGCUGAAAAAUUUCUGAUUGUAUCAUGC